UGACGUCCUCCCUGCGCGCCGGCGGUGAGAGGCAUCGAAGAUGGCGGCGCGCAAGGGGAGGCGGCGCACGUGUGGGACCGGGGAACCCAUGGAGGCCGAGUCCAGCGACGCAAGGACCGAAGGCCCGGCCCAGGUCUACUUGCCCGGCCGGGGACCGCCGCUCCGCGAAGGAGAGGAGCUGGUCAUGGACGAGGAGGCUUACGUGCUGUACCACCGAGCGCAGACUGGCGCCCCCUGUCUUAGCUUCGACAUAGUCCGGGAUCAUCUGGGAGACAGCCGGACAGAGCUUCCUCUUACACUUUACCUGUGCGCUGGGACCCAGGCGGAGAGCGCCCAGAGCAACAGACUGAUGAUGCUUCGGAUGCAUAAUCUGCAUGGGACAAAACCCCCGCCAUCGGAGGGCAGCGAUGAGGAGGAGGAGGAGGAGGAGGAAGAGGAGGAAGAGGAGCGGAAGCCUCAGCUGGAGCUGGCUAUGGUGCCCCACUAUGGCGGCAUCAACCGAGUCCGGGUGUCCUGGCUGGGCGACGAGCCGGUGGCCGCUGUAUGGUCAGAGAAGGGCCAGGUGGAGGUGUUUGCACUGCGGCGGCUCCUGCAGGUGGUGGCUGACCCACAGGCCCUGGCGACCUUCCUCCGGGACGAGCAGGCCCGGGUGAAGCCCAUCUUUGCCUUCGCUGGCCACAUGGGAGAGGGCUUUGCGCUGGACUGGUCCCCCCGUGUGUCUGGGCGCCUGCUGACUGGUGACUGUCAGAAGAACAUCCACCUCUGGACGCCUGUGGACGGCGGCUCCUGGCACGUGGACCAGCGGCCAUUCGUGGGCCACACGCGCUCUGUGGAGGACCUUCAGUGGUCCCCGACUGAGGACACGGUGUUCGCCUCCUGCUCGGCUGACGCCUCCAUUCGCAUCUGGGACAUCCGGGCCGCCCCCGGCAAGGCGUGCAUGCUCACCACCGCCACCGCCCACGAUGGGGACGUCAACGUCAUCAGCUGGAGCCGCCGGGAGCCCUUCCUGCUUAGCGGCGGGGACGACGGGGCCCUCAAGAUCUGGGACCUGCGGCAGUUCAAGUCUGGCUCCCCAGUGGCCACCUUCAAGCAGCACGUGGCCCCCGUGACCUCUGUCGAGUGGCACCCCCAGGACAGCGGGGUCUUUGCAGCCUCGGGCGCGGACAACCAGAUCACGCAGUGGGACCUGGCCGUGGAACGGGACCCCGAGGCCGGCGACGCGGAGACGGACCCCGCGCUGGCGGACCUUCCCCAGCAGCUCCUGUUCGUGCACCAGGGCGAGACCGACCUGAAGGAGCUGCACUGGCACCCACAGUGCCCCGGGGUCCUGGUCAGCACCGCCCUGUCGGGCUUCACCGUCUUCCGCACCGUCAGCGUCUGAGGAGGCCCGCCGUGCCUUCGCCUGGGGACCGGGUCGAAGUUGGUUCCGCCGGAAGGGACGCGUUCGGAUCGGUGCGCCAGCCCUCCUCCGAGAGAAGGACCCGGUUGGGCCCGUUAGCUGCCAUGAUGGAUUCCGUUUGACUCGCUGUUCUUGGAGAGGACUCGCUUUGGUCCCGUGACCCCUCUUGCCAAAGGCUGUGCUUUGACCCGUGACUCUCAAAAUAACCACUUGGUUUGCUCCGGUGACCCUUGGGGCAAAAGACUCGGUUUUGACUGGUGACCCCUCCCACCGGAAGACUUGGCUUCGCCCUGUGACCCCCUCUGUCCCCCACCUGUCGGAGGACUCUGGCCUGUUGCCCAGGUGAGCCUGGCGUGGCCUCCUGUUGCUGCGGACGCUGUAAGCCGCGGACCCGGUCUCGGCCGCGGGUCUCCCCCGGGGGGUAGCUCGGGCACUUUACGAUGGGUGGGCCACAUCUGAGGGGUGGGUUCCUCUAGCAGAAUCCGGUCUGGCUCUUUGUUUUCCUGCCAUCAGAGUUCGGCCAGGACGUCCCAGCAGGGGACUGUGUGGGUCCUCCCUCCCUCCUGCAUCCAAGGCGGGGCGCUAUGCAGGAAGGAAGGUCAGGGGCUCCUGAGGCAGUAAAGGACCAGAAUGAG